CAUAGAGUAGUAUGUCAAUAGAUUCAAUAUUUUCAUUGUUUACGGGAAUCACCCAUAGAAGAGAUGUUGACGCUAUCCUCGUAUUCACAAUACGAAGAACACCCUCGAGGCUAUUUUUAAAAAAUCCGUCUCACCUGAUCCCGUCCUUGUACGAAGCUACGUAUCGAACGUACCGAACUGUACGGUAUGUUGUGAUUCUUUUGCGAACCAGAACGGAUGUCAAUUCUUAGGUUCAACGAGCUCUGAGGAAUAGUGCAAACACCGACAGUACCAGGGCCAUGGCUACCACCAAAGAUACCGCGGAUGCGACAAUGGAUGUUGGCUUCGAGGUCGUCGAAGAAGACUGGACCAUAGUGGAGGGUGGAGAAUUGAGAGGGAUGAAACACGACAAAGGGGUCCUUUCGCUUAGUUCCGAAAACACCCGUGAUGUCCAUCGCUGGCGUAAAAUGCCUUCCCUGGAAGAAUACGAGUCGCUCAAGAAGUUGGAUCUUCACAAGAGUCGCUAUAUAAAGAAUUUGCACGAAUCGGUUUGCCGAUUGUCAAAUCUAGAGGUGCUUUCUCUUGUACGCUGCGAAAAACUAAUCACUCUUCCUGCUCAAAUUGGAAAUCUGAGCAACUUGCAAGAGCUCAAUCUUACGGACGCUUCGGAACUGUCUUCUCUUCCGGAAUCUCUAGGGAAUCUCUCCAAUUUGCGAAAGAUUUCCAUCGGUGGGCAUCAGGGAUCCGGCAAUAAAGUUUUGAAGAGAUUGCCAUCCACAUUCGGGAACUUGAAGAGUCUAGAAAUAUUGUGUCUCGACAAAUGUAAAGAACUGGAGUCGUUGCCGCCAGACAUCGGGAAUCUUAAAAACCUGAAGGUAGUUCUCAUGCGGUAAGUAAAUAUUGAAGUGAAGGACACUUCAAGUUUGUUCGUAAGUUGCUGGUUAUAUUGUAUUCAUUAUGUAAUAGUAUUCUCACGUUUUUCUGGAAAGCGAAUGCAAGGCUGUCAAAGAACUACCAAAAUCCAUCGGGGCCCUCUCGAACCUAGUAGAGCUAUCCAUAAGCAAGUGCAUUGGACUUUCAAACAUUCCACCUGAACUUGGUGACUGUGGGAAUCUAGAGGAUUUGAUUAUGAACAAAUGCAAAAAUAUUACAACCCUCCCAGACAAUAUUUGCAAUCUGAGGUCGCUUUGCAUGCUUGAUUUGAGAGCCUGUAAAAAGCUUAUUAUCCUUCCGAGUCAAAUCGGGCGACUAACAAAUCUGAAGUUCUUGGAUCUUCGAACCUGCAAACGCCUUGAAACUCUUCCCAAAUCGCUCGGGGAGUUGACGAAGCUUGAAUUUCUGGACAUUUCUGCUUGCGUCGACCUCACUGUCCCCAGAUCGCUUGAAAAAUUUAAAGACAUGACGGAGGGCUGGGAUGAAAACAGGGUCCAGUAAAAAGCCAUGUUGGUAGAAGUAACGUUCUACAUUCAAUACCAAAAAAGAAGAAAGCUUUCUACGCGGUCUUCAGUUUUUUCCUUCAUACUUAGUAAAGUAAUAUCUAUGUACAGUGUUCUACUGGUGCUCAUUGAACGUUAUUCUUUUCGCCAAUGUUAAGACAAAUCAUAUUUGAUAUCUAAAUAAUGUUAUCUAUCCAUU